AUGGCAACGCCCGCACAACUGCUUUAUCUGCCUACAGAGAUCUUGACAGGGAUUCUAGAAGAGGUCCCAUCGCAAGCCUCCCUUGCGAGUCUCGUGCGGACAUGUCGGCGUCUUCAAACGCUGGUAGAGCCUUAUCUCUACCGGUCUGUUUAUCUGGGCAACCAUGCCGGAGAAAGCUUCACUUAUGCCAUGGACCGUAAGACGGUCCGCGUAGAAUACAUACAAGAGCUUGUGAUCCAUUAUCACUAUCUUGAAGACGUUCUAAAUGAGGACAAAUAUUAUCCAAUCCUCGUGGAAAGCCUGGUUCAAGGCUCGAUGCUCUGUCUGAAAUCUGGUCCUGGCUCUUCCAGCAAUCAACCCAGUCGAUGCGAGCUGAUUAUGAACGACCUUACACCUACACCCCUACAAAAUCUAACGGGCGAACUUUGGUACUUUUCCUCGCGCGAGACUGUCCUGCUUCAUCCCAAGCUACGGAAGCUGAGUAUAGUAGCAGCCAUCAUUCCCGGCCUGCGCUCGGAAACAUUGAAUUAUACCAAGAGACCCUGGUUUAUCCCAACAUCCCUGGAAACCCUUAGCCUUGAACUAGACUUCUACCUGCACACGGACUGCCCAGCCCUCGACUUCCGCGACUUCAAAUGCCUCCAACACCUCACCAUUGACCCGAAGGUCCUAAGAGGCGAUAAUGACGGGCAAAGCCCCGAGGCGGAGAAACACCUCCGCCAAAAUUGUCACCUCCCCCCGAGUCUCCGAUCCCUGCGUUUCCGAGAGUAUAGAGAAAGGGGCAGACCGGAUCUGCUAACACUAUCCAUCGUUCUCGACUGGGUGAUGUCUGGAGGCUUACGGAACUUAGAGAACAUCACGGCCCAGUCGGCCACGUUCUUUUCGCACGCGAUAUUAGGCGCAUCAGUCCCGGAUGGAAAGUCAUUCCAGCAAGCGUUCCGGGCCGUCGGGGUGGAGUUGGCAGUGGAGCGUGUGCGGUCUUCCCUUGGCGAUGAACACCUUACCAUUGAUUGCAAAUGUUGCUCCUUCUAUUGGCGGUACUUAGAUCAAUGGGAUAACUGA